AGGCUGUUGUCCGAAUAAUAUCUGGAAAGUAAAAAUAUGUAUGAAUAACAAUUUUUAUCAAAAAUCGGAAAUAAUAUUAUCUUUAAGGUAUACUAAUUUUACAGAAGUUUUGAAAUUCAGAGAGGGUGUGGCUGGAAUCAACAUUGAGCAAGGAAGAACUGCAUUCUCUUUUAUGAGCGAAGGGUUUCCAAUUCGAAAAGAGUCGUUCGAUAAAGGCGUUCGCCAUAUUUAAUUUUAUCUUGUUUGCCGGUAAGGAACCAGUAAAAUGGAUCAAAUACUUGAAACUGAAAUUCAGAAGCACGAAGGAAAGACUGAAGAAGUAACUGAAUUAAAUCUUGAAAACUGUGGUGAGCCAAUAAAGUUGAAUCUUCUUGAAAAAUUUACGAAUUUAGAAUCUCUUAAUUUAAGCAAUAAUGGCAUCAACAACUUAAGAGGCUUUCCAAAAUUACUUAAUUUAAAGAAAUUGGACCUUUCAUCAAAUAGUAUUGCGAAUACAUUAUUUUAUCUCCGUGGGUGUUCAAAUCUUACACAUCUCAACUUGAGCAAUAAUAGGAUAAAAGACGUUGGGCCUCUCAAACCAAUGACAAAACUGAAGAAACUACAGUCACUGCUACUAGUUAAUUGUGAUGUGUGUCAAGUAACUGAUUAUAGAAAGAAAGUUUUCAAAAUUCUUCGCAGUUUAAUUGAUCUAGAUGGAGAAGAUAAAAAACCCAUAGAUGAAGAUGAUACAGUGGAUAUUGGUGAACAUAAGAAAGAGCCUGAUGGCACAGAUGGUUCUGAAGCGAUGGAUACCGGAGGCGAAAAAAAGUCGAGGAAGCGGAAAUCAAAAGAAAAUGACUCUUUUCAAAAAAAGAAGAAAAAACUUCAGAAUUUUCAGGCAAAAAAUGCAUUAAUGCAACUUAAUGAGUUGAAACCUGGGUUAAAGUAUAUUGUUGAAGCUGUAUCAGGACCACCUCACAAUCCUGAAUUUGUUGUAUCAGUUGAAGUGAAUGAACAAAAAUAUGUUGGGCGUGGCAGUUCCAAGCAACUUGCUAAGCAUUCAGCUGCUCAGGCUGCUUUAUCAUCAAUGGUUCAAUUUAGAAAUACUCCUGAAGCCAUGACAGCAUUAAGUAGGCCUCCUAGUAUGUCAGAUUUUACAACUGACAAUGUUGAAAAUGAAGGCUUCAAUUUUAAUAAGUUUGAAGGACAGAAGAAUGGAACACGAAAUGAAAUAAUUUCCAAAGAUAAUCCUUCUUUGAAGAAACCUCUGAAACUGUUAACUGAAGCUGAGAAGAAGAAUCCAGUUAUGCUUUUGAAUGAAAUUCAUCCUGGAUUGACAUUCAAACUUGUUGAAGAAAAUUCUGCCAUACCUAGUCAGCGGUUCCGUAUGACUGUAGAAGUCGGAGGAGAAAAUUAUGAAGGUACUGGUCAAAAUAAGAAACAGGCUAAAGCCGCUGCGGCUCGUGCCGUUUUAUCUAAUCUUUAUAAUGUGAGUUACAGUAUGUUUCCUCAGUCAUUAUUACCUACUUCACCAGAUUAUGCUGAGCUUUUCAAUUUUCCUCAAGCUGUGGCUGAUAAAAUUUCAAAACUUUUGAUGAGUACAUUUAGUGAUGUUAUGACAGAUAAUCCUGAUAAUGCAAAAUGGAAAGUUAUUGCAGGAAUAGCUAUGACAAAGGAUGAAGCUAUGCAAGACAUACAGAUAAUCAGUUUUGGAACGGGUACAAAAUGUAUUAAUGGUGAGCAUAUAAGUAUGGUUGGAGCUAAUCUUAAUGACUGCCAUGCAGAAAUAAUUUCUCGGAGGUGUUUGAAAGACUUUCUGUACACCAAUCUUGAAUAUCACCUGGAAGGGGAAGGGGAUCAGUCUAUAUUUGUAAAGAAAGAAACUGGUGGUUUUGUUUUGAAACCACAUAUAAAAUUCCAUCUGUAUAUUAGCACAGCUCCUUGUGGAGAUGCUAGAAUUUUCUCACCCCACGAAGAAAUCGUAGUUGAUCCCGUCGAUAGGCAUCCGAAUCGAAAUUCUCGUGGUGUUCUACGAACCAAAAUUGAAUCAGGAGAAGGAACUAUUCCUGUAAAAGAUGGACAGCGUAUACAAACUUGGGAUGGAAUAAUACCCGGGCAGGAGCGGUUGUUAACUAUGUCCUGCUCCGAUAAAAUAGCAUCGUGGAAUGUCUUAGGUCUACAAGGAGCAUUACUUUGUCAUUUUAUUGAGCCAAUAUAUAUUGAAAGUGUCAUUCUUGGUGGCUUGUUUCAUCCAAAUCAUUUACAUCGUGCACUUUUUGGCAGAAUCGAAGGAGCAAUUAAAGAUUUGCCUCCAAUGUUCAAACUCAACAAACCUAAAAUGUGUACAACAACUAGUCCUGAGGCUAGGCACUUGAUUAAAUCACCCAAUUUUAGUGUCAAUUGGACUGUUGGCCUUGGAAGAGCUGAAGUUAUAAAUGCCGUGACUGGCAAAACAGAAAGUGGUCAAGUUUCUCGUUUAGCAAAAAGAUCCUUUUUUCAGAGAUUCAUGAACAUAUAUGACCGAUUGCCACACAUUGAUGAAUAUGAAACUCCCAGUCCUGCAAUGUAUUCUGCAUUCAAAAGUGCUGUAAAAAAGUACCGAGAAGCCAAAAUAUCGUUGACAUCUGCUUUUGUAUCUGCUGGACUUGGCCACUGGAUCAAGAAACCUACUGAACAAAAUGAGUUUGAACUCGACUUCAAGUAAAUCAUUUUUUCACAUUCUUUUAGCUACGGUCAAACCAUAUAUGGGGUUAUAUUAUGUAAUAUUGGAGUAUAUGUAUUACAUGGAUUACAUUGCAAGUCUUAAUGUAUGAUUCACUUAAAAUCUUUUAAAAGUAAAUGUGUCAUUUGACCAUUA